AUGCGGAUAUUCCACGGUAUUGGCCGACUGAUGAUCACUGCAGCAGCUAUUCUUGGUGCAGAGGCGGUAUUUCGCCGGAGAUGCCUAGAACUCUGCUACGUUCCAGCUGUGGGAAGGAAUAUGUCAGCACUGUUUUCUACUGGCAAGAGCUCAGAGGGUACAACUUCUGGUCGUAUGUAUUCCAAACCGGCGAAGUCGGGGGAUCCGGCAAUCAGCUACCCUUUCACCCUGAACCGUUGUUCUCGUGAUAGAUGCAUCUCCGUAUUUGACAGGAUUAAGAACGAUGAGUUUUUGUUACCGCCAUCGACAAAUGUUAAAAAUGGAACUUAUAAGCACCUUUCUUUGGAAUUUGGCAUGUUACGCCGCUAUGCAGACGAGCUGGACCAUGUAUUUGCCAAUGCUACCUUCAUGGGUGUAACUCAUACCCCAAUUAAGAAAUUGGAAGCAGAAACUAAGCCUUUGGAAGCUCUACUCUUGCAUUUCAGGGGGUUCGAACGUGGUGACUCGAUAUGCCUCUUUUACCAGCGUGAUGGGUUCCCACUAGUACCGAGCCCCUCUGCGAGCUAUAUACCAGCUUCUCAGCGCAUGUUAUCUUAUUUUGAAAAGGUAAUGUCGGGGCUCAUAGGGCUACGUGUCAGUAAAGUACACUGCCCAUACUUCUUCAAAAACGUCAUUGCUAUCGACCUCAAAGCCCCGCAUCACCAAUUGACCUCGGAAGACGGCAUGGAGAAACCAGAGAGUUAUCGGAUACUUUUUGUUGCACGUCGGGCAGGGAACCGUAUAGUAAUGGCAGACAACAAUGACGGAGUUAUACUGCUGACGUCUGCGACACAUGACGAGAAGAGCGGGGUCAAAGAUGGAGUUGGAUCUGUGUUCCAUACAGAUUCUUCUGAGAAGGCGACACCCGACCCCUCAGAACCCUUUCCAAACUUCAUGGAUCGAUUCAAGGGCAAGGAACAUAUGAGCCUUUUGAAGGCCAUGACCUUGACCUACGAGGGUAUAGGCCCAAAAUGUGUCACACUACUAGCUUCUAAAGCAGGGAUAGACUGUACAAAACAUGUCUCGAAGAUCGAGAAUGUGGCUGAUUUCUAUGACUGCUACAUUCGCUGGUUACGUGCACCCGAUGGAGUCGUUGAGCAGUUGCGAUUUGUCACGCAUACUCCUUCUGAAGAUGACACAGACGCGAAGAAUAGCGAUCAUAAUGGAGAUAUGGGUCAUGAUGAGCCCACAUUACCCACUGAAGUUGAGGUGGGAGGUGCCGUAACGGAUGGUUCAGCAACUGGCAAUGGUGGAAAGGAAACGUCCAAAUCGCUCAUUGAGUACGUUUUCUGGCAUUGGGGAACUGAUGUACCUGUUUACAUCCACAAUAGAUUGGCUGAAGAAACUAGAACCCUUAUAGACGGUACCGUUGAGCGUUUUGAGAAGAUUAAAACCCAGUGUAUAGGGGACGAGCAACAGAGCGAGCGUCUAGCGAAGGUACAGGAGCGCCUUGACUCUUUGGACUCCUAUAGUAAGUCUCUGGAUACUGUAAUGAAGUGGAAAUCGCCGGAGGAAUUCGAUCUUGUCAAGACUAUCAACGAGCAAGUAUACGACCUCGGUGAUCUAACUGGCUACCGUCGCAAGGGACGUUUACAACGUGAAGGACGGCAGCAUGGUUCACCAGAUGGUGGGACCGAAGAACGUAAUGUGCGGCACUUCAGACCCAAAAAAGUUAACCCUUAUAAAGGUAUACUUGUUAUUAAGAUGAACCCGGGGGACCCAAAUACUGCUCUGAUCAUCGUUGGUCGUAACGCCGAGCAAAACGAGCGUGUCACACACGAAAUCGCACUUCCUGGAGAUGUGUGGCUACACACAAAAGACUGCCCUGGCUCGCAUGUCCUGCUUCGGAGAUACGGUGGUUCAUCAGAGGCGCUACAGGUAGCAGCAGACAUCGCCGCAUACUAUUCCAAGGCCAGAGCCCGCACAUCUGCACCAGUCAUCAGGACAGGUAUCGAAAAUGUCUCACGCUGUGCCGGGGCACAGAUUGGAGCCGUCCUGGUGAAUAACUAUGAAACGCUGGAAGGCCGCCCAGAUAGGGGCGGUGAGUACGUGAAAGCACAUCGUAUAUCAUUAAACUAG